AUGGCUACUUCGGAAACCAACAAAGAUACUAACAGUAGUAACCUCAAUUGUGCAGUUACUCUUGAUUUUCCUAAGGGUGGUGAACGUCCCGGUUUAGGACGUGAUGUUAUGUAUCAAUAUCAAGGCUUCUGGACCUAUGCUGAAGCAAUUCAAGACAUAAAGAAUGCUCAACAGAACUUCAAAGCUUCAGAUACCGAUGUGGUUAUUUCCACACUCCCCAAAUCAGGCACCCUUUGGUUGAAAGCACUCUCAUUCACCACCGUCAACCGUUUCCGUUACCCUUGUUCUCCCGGUUCUAAGAAUUAUCAUCAUCAUCCAGUGCUUACCACUUCACCUCAUGACCUAGUUCCUUUCUUCGACUGGCGUCCAAUUCCUGGUGAUUUCAGUACUACGAGUAGUACUCAUGAUUCUGCAUGCAGACUCAUAGGUACUCAUGUCCCAUACCCUUCUUUGCCAGAAUCAAUUAAGAAUACUGCAAACUGCAAGAUUGUAUAUAUGUGCAGAAACCCUCGAGACAACGUCAUCUCUGCAUGGCAGUUUGUGAACAAACGGAGGGCAGCAUUGCCACCAAGCAUUGAUAAUCUUCCGCCAUUGUCACUUGAAGAAGCAUUUGAGUUUUACUGCGAUGGGGUCUCAACUCUCAACAUUCGGACCCUUCUGGGAUCAUGUGCUUGGGUAUUGGAAAGAGAGCUUAGAGAAGCCUCAUAA